GCUCAACAAACAACCUUGUUGACUUGCAGACCACUAGACAGCUGUCCUGCUGUCACAAGUUUGAGUAUUUUUGUGAAAAUAUUUUGGGAUUUUUGGGAUUGCUGAUAAUUUUAUUUUUUAAUUAUUAUCAAUUAUAGUAGACAUGUCUUACGCCUAUUUAUUCAAGUAUAUUAUCAUAGGGGAUACAGGUGUGGGUAAAUCAUGUUUGUUGCUUCAAUUCACUGACAAAAGAUUCCAGCCUGUUCAUGACUUGACAAUAGGUGUAGAAUUUGGUGCUAGAAUGAUAACCAUUGAUAGUAAGCAAAUCAAGCUCCAGAUCUGGGACACAGCUGGCCAAGAAGCCUUCAGGUCUAUCACUCGCUCAUAUUACAGGGGUGCUGCUGGGGCCCUGUUAGUAUAUGACAUUACCAGAAGGGAGACUUUCAACCAUCUGACUACAUGGUUGGAUGAUGCCAGGCAACAUUCCAAUUCAAAUAUGGUCAUCAUGCUGAUUGGGAAUAAAAGUGAUCUAGAAAGUAGGAGAGAAGUGAAGAAAGAAGAAGGAGAAGCUUUUGCCAGGGAACAUGGUUUGGUAUUUAUGGAAACUUCUGCAAAAACUGCUGCCAAUGUGGAAGAAGCUUUCAUAAACACUGCUAAGGAAAUCUAUGAAAAAAUACAGGAAGGUGUAUUUGACAUAAACAAUGAGGCAAAUGGCAUCAAGAUUGGGCCACAACAUUCUCCGACUAACCCCUCUCUGCCUGGAGCUGGAGGAGCAGGUGGAUCUCAAGGUUCAGGAUGCUGUUAAAUGCUU